AUGCACUUGGAUCGACUUAUGGACCACUGGGAACACCGUCAAGCUGCGAAAACUUUUACGACUUGGAAAGCAAUCCAACGAGAGCAUAGAAUCCUGUCCCGAGCUUUAGAACUGGGAGCCCUGUCCAAGUGGCAAUUCGCUACAACACGUGAUAAUAAUCGAGGGAAUCUCGAGCGUGUACGUCAACUGGAAAGCAGCUUGGCCGAGGCAAAAGAAUGCGUGUUCUCCUUAUCACGUGCGAAGACGAAGCUGGAGGAGAAACUUCAAACUUCUCGCGAUGAAAUUCAACGUCUCACUGGCGAAUUGACAGAAAGCGGAUCGGAACUGCAGCUUGUGAAGCAUGGAUUCGUCACUACAGUAAUUCGUGAUGCCGAACGCGCAUGGUUACGUACAAUACUGUCACAAUGGAGGACGCAAACACACGUGUCUGCUGCCACGAAAGAGCUCCGCUUGCAGGUUGAAAUGGCUGAGUUAAAAGCUGCCGAACGCGACAAGUACUCCAAGUCUCUGGAUGACUACAGCCGUGUGCUACGUAGCGAUCUCGAGCGGUUCCAGUUUUUCUCGCUGGAUAAACGGAUCACCGUGGAUGUGCUCUCGAAGAAGCUCCUGCGUGAAGAAGAGCGCUACCGUCAGAUGGAAGAGCGCCACGUUACGCUCGAGGAGAAGGCUCAUGCACUCAAGACGCAACUCGCUUCGUUCGUCGAGUGGGACGGACUUGUACUGCCGUUUUCCGUACUCGUACUGUGCAAAGAUGUCGCCGUAAACAACCUCCGCGAGCUCUUCCAGCUUCAUGCAGCAGCCGACAGUGGAGAAGGAAGUAGCAUGAACGGCGAAACUCCAACGCCUCGACUCGCGAUGUCUUCACUUGUUCGUAUACUCGAGUACUCGUCGCUACUUGAGGAGAAAGUCAUCGACCGGGAGGCACUAGCGGAUCGACUAGCUCGCCAUCUUCCUCCUUACGCAGUGGAGCGAGGUCUUCUUUUUCCGGACUUCGUGACGGGUCUGAACCGGUUUUUAAAUGAAGUUUUCGCGGCCAGCAACACCAAGCGCGAACAGCUAAAACGAUUCUGGGCAAGCCUGCUGUCGCUUCUAGGAGCAGUUCAAGGUCGUGCAAGUAGCACUGCUGUAGCUGCGUCGAGUAAUGGCCAAGCUGUCAACGGUGCUAGUGAAAAUGGUACUAGUCUGGUGUUGUGUCCUUCACGAACUUCGUGGGCGGGUCAUCUGAGCGAUGACAUCCUUCAAAACCAGGAAAAACUACUUGCAGUGCUAGAACACGAGACGGCUGUCGUAGAACGCGCCGUCAUGGAGAAGGCAUCGCUCAAACACACGUACCAACCCAGUGAUAACGGCUCGACGGGUAGUGUCGCUCGAAGUGGAAGCCUUGGGAGCUCCACAAUGCUCGAAUAUCAAUGUGAACCGCUUCUUCCUCCGGGAUCACCAGUCCACUCGACCGCUACAAGUGUAAAAUCGAGCAACUCAAUUUCGCGUAGUGCUGAACCAACCGCACCAUCUGGAACAACUGCAGCGUUUGCGAUGGAGACGUAUGCAAACUGGCAUCUCGCUCCUCAAGUGCGAGAUCUCUUCCUGGCUUUCCACAAGCCGCUGCUCAAACUUCUCGUCCAAUACUCCGGCGGCCAACGUAUCGCUGCAUUCGGUAAUCAGUACUGUCUCAACUCGUCUACAGUGUUCCGCAUGCUCAGUGAUCUCCAACUGCAUCCGAGUUUCCUGUCCAAAGACUUCGUUCAAUCUCUGUUCGACCGGUUCCACGAGACGGGAGAAGGUGGCUUGUUGAUGUUGACACCUCAGGGUUUCACUCUCUUGCUGGGUUCGUGUGCACUCGAAUUAUACGCUCGGUCACUUGCGAGCAGUCAGACUAAACCCGAGUUCCUGCUCUCAGCUCGAGAAGUUCUUUUGUCUUUCUUCGGCGACUUGGGCUUACUGGCUGAGAGUGAGAUUUCCGCGACUUUGAAGCUGUGUUUUGUAGGUAUUGAAGUUGAGACGAUCCUUUGGCCACUCUUCGAGUACUACGCGAAGUCUGCAGAGACUAACGCCGGAGGAGACGACACUCGAGUCGGGAUGACAGCGGUCACCUUUGAGCGCUUCAUGGCGGAUAUAGCAGGGAAGGCUGCAGGUGACUCGCGCCCAAUAUUUCGGCGAGUAAUGCAGAACCUUAACAAGAAUCAGGAAAUGGGAGCGAGCGGAACAAAAGAUGAAGACGAUCAACACUGGAAAAUGCACCUGGAUGAAUUCUACGUUGCCAUUUCUUACGUACAAAGUGAGCGAAGUCCAGGGACAGCAUACUCGACUCCAGGAGAAGCUGUACGACAGUGGCUGCAGCAAACGCAAUAA